AUGACCAUUCUGUCGAAGAAGAAGACGAACGCCUCAAAAGAUAGACGAGAAGGAGGCAGCACUUCCGAAGUCGAUGUUCACGGAGUGCAAAACGAGCAUAACUCCGGAUCCAUCACACUACCUAAUAGUCCAUAUCAGGUACGUGCAGCGAACGGUUUCGCGGUCGAUCUACACGGGGUUCAGACCGAUCAUGGAUCUGGUUCUAUCGUUCUUACAGGAAGCUCGUAUGAGACAAGUGUAGAUCGUCGAGAAGAUAAACAUUUUGAAGAAGGAAGUGGUCCCAGUCAUGGUAAACGCCAUAGACAACGAGCAAGUCCACACAGUGGUUGCAUUGGAAGAAAUUCACGUUCAAAACGUGAAAGAGAAAGAGACAGAGGUCGAGAAAGAGAUAGAGAGAGAGAAAGAGAACGUGAAAGACAAGCUACACCUCCUGCUGCAUCUUGCAGUGGCUUACAAGCUACAGAUGGUGGUGUCAUAGCUAACAAUCGAAUGGCUAUUGUUGGAGCUGCUGCAAAUAUAGAACAUGAAUUAGCUAAUGGUUAUAAUAGUGGUGAUGAAUAUACUGGCAGAACUGGGAACAAUUUAACUCUAGCUGAAUGGCAGGAGCGAGAUAGGUGGUUUGAAAAACGAAUGCGAAAAAUGGGAUUUAUUGUUAAAAAGAUGGGUGAAGAUGGAGCAUGUUUAUUUAGAGCAGUUGCUGAUCAAGUUUAUGGUGAUCAAGAAAUGCAUGGUGUAGUUCGGAAGCAUUGCAUGGAUUAUAUUGCUUCCAAUCAGGAAUUUUUUUCUCAUUUCGUAGCGGAAGAUUUUAGCACAUAUGUAGAUAGGAAACGACAAGAAUAUGUACAUGGAAAUCAUAUAGAGAUGCAAGCAAUGUCUGAAAUGUAUAAUCGUAGCAUUCAAUUAUAUUGCUACAGUACUGAACCAAUUAAUAUUUUCCAUACAAUGGUUGAAAGUGAUAAUGAACCAAUACGAUUGUCUUAUCAACGUGGUAGUCAUUAUAAUAGUAUAGUAGAUCCAUAUAAAGCUACGAUUGGUGUUGGUCUUGGUUUACCAUCAUAUAAUCCUGGAGCUGCAGAUCGACAACUUAUAUCAGAUGCAGUCCGUCAAAGUGAAGAAUUGCAUAUUGAACAAACAAUGCUAGAAGAUAAAAUAAAAGCAACUGACUGGGAAGCAACAAAUGAAGCCAUAGAAGAACAAGUUGCGAGAGAGAGUUAUUUGCAAUGGUUAAGGGAUAAUGAGAUGCGAAAAGCUCGAUCAGCUAGUAGCAGCAGUACAAGUACGGUAACAAGUGCGCAACACAGUCACGCACAUUUUCACUCUCAUGGAGGUCGUGGUCAACAACGUAGCCACACUUCUUCUCCAACAACAACUCAAACUAGCCAAGAUAAUUUGCGUAAUUCACCAAAAAUAAAUGAUUCGGUAAGAUACAAUAAAAGAUCCCCGCAACACCAAUCAACUCAAGGAUCUACUAUGUCUCAUCUUGCCUCAGAUUUUGAAUCUAAAAUUUCUCAGGAACCCAUACCAGGUAGUAGUAAAGAAGCUCAUACUUCACCGGAUAUUUCGUUAUUCAAUCGUCUUCCUCCUGAAGUAUUUGGCUUAACUGAUUGGGAAGACAGUGAUAUACUUUCACAAGUUUUGGCUACAUCACAGCAAGAAUACUUGGACAGCUUGAAACAAUCACGGAGUUCUGCCUCCUCUGCAAAUGAUACUAAUAAUAUACUAGAUUCCAGUAAUAGUUAAUUUUUUUAAAAUCUUUAUUGAUAAAGUUCAAAUGAAUAAUGAAGUAAAAGUAUAUGCAUUUGUAUGCAGCGUUUUUCAUAGGAUGUGAUAUAUCCGAAAGAUAAGAUAGUUCUAAAUCAAAAAAAUGAAGCAAUUCUUAGUGUUAUCACAUGGUCAUUAAUCAUUGAGAAUCAUUGACAAUUAUGUUGAAUGCAUACCUAAUAAACUUAAUUACUAGUUGCAAAUCGUGUCAUAUUGAUUUCUAUUCUAACAAUCAUUGUUUACAUCAAAUUCGCGUUGAAGUAUAUACUUAUUAUAUUUCUAAAAAAAUUGGAUUGUAAUUUUAUCAAAUAUUAUCGUAAUAUAUUCAUAAAAUUUAGAAUUUUAAUAAAUACACUAAGUUGAAUAUUUUGUAGAAAUAUUCACAAAAUCAAUAUAAAAAAAUAAUAUCAAAUAAGAAUAUUUGAUAAACUAAUAUAGAUGUGUUAAGUUUAUUAAGGAUGCAUCUAUUUUUCUGUUUCAAUAAAAAUAUAAUUGAGAAAAAUGAUCACGUAAAAGCAUCAAGAAUUGUUUUUUUUUUUUUUUUAGUUAAAAUGUUUUUGAUUUAACAUGAGUUUGACAAUACAUCUUAUGAGAUACUCUGUACAUACUGCAGUAUCAUCUAAUUCUGCAUUGCACUAGGGUAUAAGGUGAUUUGCUUUUUUCAUUGGAAGUAAAUGUUUGGUCAACGUAAUCGUCGUUCAAUUCCAUUCAGAAUUGUCGAUGUGUGCACGAGUACUCUAAAACUGAAGAGUUCAUACAAUCUAAUGUGUACAUUUUUUUAAAUUAGAAUAGCCAUAUUAUUUUGUCAGCUGUGUUUCACCUUACUAUGGUCAAGAUAUUUUUUACGAUCAAUUCUUGAAAAAUAAUUUUUUUGUUAUUGUGUCAUUUUGUCAUCUAUAAUAAAUUUUCUGCGUGUUCUUGAAUACAACGUUUACUAUCAUGAACUAUGCAAUUCAAUCAGAUUAAUUAUGUCAUCAUACUUUUCUUUCGUGAUAUGAUAUGAUACAUCUAAACGCUUUAGGAAAAAAAUCUUUAUUGCGUUAUUUGUAAAAAAGACGAAUAAAACUACUACAUGUAAUUUAAUGCCCCAAUUUUCCCUACCUUUGCAUAUGUGCUUUCGUUAAUAUGUAUAGAAUGUUUGCUAAUGAAUUUUAGAGAUUUUAAAUAGUAUUAAAGUAAUACUUUAUAAAUUGUGAGCAAACAAAAUGCGUUUUUGUAAACACUUUUUAUGAAUGAUAAUAAACCCACAACCUAUGCACGUCA